AUCAAUGUGGCAGGCGGAGGAAGGAGGUGGAGAGCCAUCGCAGCCCAUUCAUCUGACAGCCGUUUACCACAUCAGUCCUCUGCUCCUCCUCCCUGUUCGGUCCAAAGUUGUCGACAGUCUUCCAGAGCCUGCAGGGGAGAUCAGCCAUGGCUCUGCUGCUGAAUGUGGCUGCACACUGCUGCCUGAUCCGCCGGCGGUUCAGGAGGAGGAGGAAGAAACGCUCAGAGCGUAAAGGUGGAUCAGGGAACCGGCCGACCCGAACCCAGCAGAGGCAGCCCAUCACAGAGGGGAUGGAAACACGAAGCAUGAGUUCAUGCAGCACAGAUGUUAAGGAAAAUCACAACUUGGACAACCUCUUCUCAAAAGAAAGGGUUGCAUCUGUUGCUGUUCAGCUCCACAGUGGAAGGACAAGCAGAGGUAGGAAACGUCCCUUAGCAGAGGGUAACAAUGGCCGCACACCUUGCAAGUACUGGCCGAAAAAGCGUAAAAAGGUCUCAGGACCCAUUGUGCCCAAGAAUGCCCUCAUGCAGCUGAAUGAGAUAAAGCCCGGACUUCAAUACAAGCUGCUUUCUCAGUCUGGCCCAAUCCAUGCGCCUGUGUUUGUGAUGACUGUGGAGGUCAAUGGGCAGGUAUUUGACGGCUCAGGUCAGACAAAAAAGAAGGCCAAGCUAAGCGCUGCAGAGAAGGCCCUACGUUCCUUUGUCCAGUUCUCUAAUGCGUCUGAAGCCCACAUGGCCAUGGGUCGGACUCUGGCUGUUCACACAGACUUCACCUCAGACCAGGGGGACUUUCCUGAUGAGCUCUUCAAUGCCUUUGAGACAUCCAGAGCUUUAGGUGACCCGUUAUACCUGGCCCCCAACAGCAGGAGAUCUUUCACAACUCUGGGAAUAGAAAACCCAAUGCUCCCUCCCCCUACCUCAAACAUUGUUCAGUCUCCCCUAACCCCUAAUCCAUUUGCCUUCACUUCCUUGACAAGUGGCAAGAACCCUGUAAUGAUUCUUAAUGAGAUGAGGCCAGGACUCAAAUAUAGUACUGUGUCUGAGAGCGGGGAGAGCCAUGCCAAAAACUUUGUCAUGUCAGUGACAGUGGACGCUCAGAACUUCCAGGGUUCUGGGCGGAACAAGAGGCUGGCCAAAGCUCGAGCUGCCCAGGCUGCCCUGUCUGUACUCUUUCAUAUUGAGCCGGACCAGGUAUCGUCCCGGCAACCCAUACCCAAAGAGGGAUUGCAGCUUCAUCAACCACAGGUCCUGGCUGACGCCGUCUCUCGUUUGGUUGUCGAAAAGUUCAGUGAACUAACUGAUAACUUCACAUCUCCACAUGCUCGAAGGAAAGUCUUGGCAGGUGUUGUCAUGACAACAGGUUCAGAUGUGAAGGAGGCACAGGUUAUCUGCGUAUCCACAGGGACAAAGUGCAUCAAUGGUGAAUACAUGAGCGACAGAGGACUAGCCCUGAAUGACUGCCAUGCUGAAAUUAUCGCUCGGCGCUCUCUCAUCAGGUUCCUGUACUCCCAACUGGAACACUUUCUCAGUCCUAAUGAAGAGGAUCAUCACAAAUCUAUCUUCACCUGCUGUGACAACAAACAAGGUUUCAGACUGAAUGAAAAUGUCCAGUUCCACCUGUACAUCAGCACCUCCCCCUGUGGCGACGCUCGCAUUUUUUCACCUCACGAAGCUGCUGUAGAAGAUCAGAGUGACAGACACCCAAACAGGAAGGCCCGCGGGCAGCUGCGGACUAAGAUUGAGUCUGGUGAAGGAACAAUCCCAGUGAGCUCUGGUAGCACCAUUCAGACAUGGGACGGGGUUCUUCAGGGUGAGAGGCUGCUCACCAUGUCCUGCAGCGACAAGAUUGCCAGGUGGAAUGUGGUUGGAUUCCAAGGCUCUUUGAUGACCUACUUCACUCAGCCCAUCUACUUCUCCAGCAUCAUCCUGGGCAGCUUGUACCAUGCGGACCAUCUGUCCAGAGCCAUGUACCAGAGACUUACUGAGAUGGAGGUGCUACCGCCACCUUUCAGCCUGAACAAGCCUCUGCUCAGUGGAAUUAGUAACACAGAGGCUCGUCAGCCUGGAAAAGCCCCAAACUUCAGCGUGAACUGGACCAUCGGAGACCAGGGUUUGGAGGUGAUUAACGCCACCACAGGGAAGGAUGACCUAGGCCGACCCUCGAGACUCUGCAAGCAUGCUCUGUACACCCGCUGGAUUGACUUGCAUAGCAAGCUGUCCUCCACCCUGCGCAUUCAAACACUGGAGCCCAGGAGCUACCAUGAAGCUAAGCAGGCCGCAGCGCAGUACCACUCUGCCAAGCAGACUCUCUUCAUAGCCUUCCUCAAGGCCGGACUUGGAGCCUGGGUUAAGAAACCUGUAGAGCAGGACCAGUUCUCUUUCAGCAUUUGUGUGUGAGCUGGUCAUGGAUCUUAGGUAGAGAAGUAUGUUCCCUAUUGAUUUUCAAUAGACUGAACUCUUAAAUUAUUCAAUUUGUCAUUAUUAGUAUGUUCAAUGGGGAAUAGAAUAGAGGGAAAGCACAAAAUAAGAUGCAGUCUGCAGAAACAGAAUAUAGCUCCGUUCUGCUGCAUGUUUGACUGCAUCGACCCUCAGUAGGAUGCAGCUUCACAUUUAAGGUAACGACAGGACAGUGGUACCAUGAAUUUGAAGAAAGUAAUAAAAAGUCGUUCUCUGAUUUAACAUUUAACAAGUAGAAAUAUUUUUGGUAAUUUUAACUGACCUAAAACAGGGGAAAGAAAUAUUCGGUUUCACAGCAGAAAUAGAGAAAAUAACAGCUAUGUGUAUUUUUAUAUGGUGGAUGAUUGGUUCCAGUUGUGUUCAAGGCAGAUGGAAAUCCUGUAACCUUAAUAUCAUGACUGAAGUCAUGAUAUUAUUAUAUUAUAUUAUAUAUUAUGAUAUUAUAGUCAACUUAUUAUUGACUGAAGUCUAUUUUAGGCUAAUAAACAUCACAUGAAUCUUAGUUUACAUGGUUAUGAUUAUUAUUUGGUAUAAACUAAAUUUUAAUGUUAAAUAUGUCUUCAUGGUGGUGGACAGACUCCUAGACUGACUCAAAUAUACAAUAAAAAUAAGUUCAAUUUAAGUGUUUAUUUGAUGACCCACUCAGAUCUAGUUAUCAAGGUGACGUGAUUUUCACAGGCUUAAAAGAAACUGUUUGUUUCACAAAACCAGUGAUCAGCUCGGAUGGAAAGUAGUACACAUGCAGACAAAUGGAAGAAUUCUGAAUGAUUUUCAAGGAGUUAGAACAAGGGCCAUAUGGGUUAACAGUGGAAGAUUUUAGAUCCAGUGGAAACACAAGGUCUUCUGCUCACACCGUCAUCUAGACGCUCUAAUCUAGAUGACAUUUUGACAUGGAUUUGUUAUCCAUGUUUGACCUCCAGUUUUUGUGACGCUUUGACCUGACAGUACUGAUCUUAGCCAGAAAUGUAGAGUUCUCUGUAAGAACCGUAAUUACAUAUAAACAGUGUUCAAAAUAUUUUCUUUCAGCCUUCCUAGCGGUCAUCAGUGAUUUACUUCAGAAGCCAAGGUGACAUCACAAUGUGCAAGAUAAUAAUAGUUACUGGAAAAUCAUGUUUUAUGAUUUCAGGACAGAGACUAACUGUUUAAAUUGACAUUUAAAGCUUCACUUAGCAUUUUAUGUUAGCAUUCUGUGCCACUUUCAUGGUAAACAGCAGGGUCCAUGUAUAUUCCCUACUGAAUGUAGAUCAUUUAGCUCUGAGAUUAGGGAAAGGUGCCAACAUUUCUAAAAGAUACAAAAUGGCAAAUGAGCUAUCUCAUACUUUAUUUAAAUUAUUGCUCCUAAUAAGCCCCCUUUACAGUUUUAGGGUAACAUUUGGGUGGAAAUUUUAUUAGGAUGGACCAAACAUUUGAAAGUAUUUCUUUUGAUUGCAGUCUUUAUGUAUAUUUUAUGUUUGUUUUAAUGUUUAACUUAUUUUACAAACUCACUAAAAGUUAUAGAAGCAUCAUUAUGUCACGUUGUGUGGGUGGAGAUGGUGAGGCAGGACGCUUAGACCCAGGUAGAAGUAAAGUGAUGGUUAAAUGAUGAGCAAGUCCAAAAUGCAAACAGUCCAACAACCAGGCAGCACGGCAGAACAGAAUCCAGGGUUCAGCACCGGUAGCAACUGGCGAAACGAAUGAACGACUGACAAACAGCUAGACAGCACAGACGACAACAGACGACUGGCUUGACUCACGACAAGGACCCGACAAAGACACAGAGACACAGGUGACACUAAAUACACAGGAGGUAAUUAGGGAACGAGACACACCUGGGAACUAAUCAACAACACGGAGACUCAGAAACAGAGGAAACUCAAAAUUAAUACACAGAAAAACUCAAACCAUGACACAUUACCUCAAGAAUCCUCAUUUUCCUUGUUUCUUUUAGUGUUUUCUGCCUUUAACAAUAAUUUGUGAAACUUUUUAUAUGUGAUGUGGAUUUAAUGUAGUGUGAUUUACCCCCUAAAACAUUAAAAGAUGGAAUAAAAAAAUCUUGUACUUCUUUAAGCAUGUUUUACUUUGUAUUUGCCUUUGCAGACAUAUUUUAUCUAUAAAUUAAUUCCUAUUUGAUAUUUGUAUUUAAUAUAUUACCCUUAUCCUUUAUCCUUCUGUUUCUAACUAGUUUCUUUUUGUAGUCAUGCUUUUCUUUUAUAGGCAUGAGCUGAAUAUUUGCACAAACUCAUUCACUUUAAUGGCAUUCUGCUUGGCAGGGUGAUAUGUUCCUGACUGUAGCAAAGUGCAUUGGAGUGGGUGAAGUGAACGGAGAACGAUGGUUAUCUGUUUGUCGGUUCUGCAUUAGCAGAAAUGAUAUCUCUAUUUGCUCAGAAACUACCUUUGUGGAUGAGUCAGAAAAUUUUGUUGCUGAUUGUUUUCUCAGUGACAUGAUAAAGUCAAACUGUGAGGCACAAUGCAUGAUCUCUACAUGUAAAGCACAAAUAUGCUAAUAUAAAAUAAUAUGUAAAAACAGACAAAAUGUUUAAUAAAAUAUA